AUGAGGUGGUUCCUGCCCUGGACGCUGGCAGUAGUGACCGCAGCCGCCACCGCGGGCAGCGCCCUGGCCACGGCCCUCUCCGCAGCCCCCACGGCCAUGGCCGUCACCCCCGCGCCACUGGAGGACACGUCCUCACGCCCCCAGUUCUGCAAGUGGCCGUGCGAGUGCCCGCCGUCCCCGCCGCGCUGCCCGCUGGGCGUCAGCCUCGUCACGGACGGCUGCGAGUGCUGCAAGGUGUGCGCCCAGCAGCUCGGGGACAACUGCACGGAGGCGGCCGUCUGUGACCCGCACCGGGGCCUCUACUGCGACUACAGCGCGGACCGCCCGAGGUACGCAAUAGGAGUGUGUGCACAGGUGGUCGGCGUGGGCUGCGUCCUGGACGGGGUGCGCUACGGCAACGGCGAGUCCUUCCAGCCCAGCUGCAAGUUCAACUGCACGUGCGUGGACGGCGCGGUGGGCUGCACGCCCCUGUGCCUGCGGGCGCGCCCCCCGCGCCUCUGGUGCCGCCACCCGCGGCGGGUCCGCCUGCCCGGCCGCUGCUGUGAGCAGUGGGUGUGCGACGACGAAGCCCGGAGGCUGCGCAAGACCGCGCCGCGCCACGCGGGAGACCUAGCGGUCAUGGGCGAGGCCGAGCCCUGGCACGGGAACUGCAUAGCCCACACCAGCCCCUGGAGCCCCUGCUCCACCAGCUGCGGCCUGGGCGUCUCCACGCGGGUGUCCAACGCCAACGCCCGCUGCCGGCCCGCGCAGGAGAGCCGCCUCUGCGCCCUGCGGCCCUGCGACCUGGACAUCCGGCCGCUCAUCAAGGUGGGGAAGAAGUGUCUGGCUGUGUACCAGCCGGAGGCGCCCUUGAACUUCACCCUCGCCGGCUGCGUCAGCACACGCGCCUACAGGCCCAAGUACUGUGGGGUCUGCACGGACAGCAGGUGCUGCAUCCCGUACAAGUCCAAGACCAUCGACGUCCCCUUCCAGUGCCCCGACGGGCCCGGCUUCUCCCGCCGGGUCCUGUGGAUCAACGCCUGCUUUUGCAACCUCAGCUGCAGGAACCCCAACGACAUCUUUGCGGAUCUGGACCUCUACCCCGACUUCUCAGAGAUCGCCAAUUAGGCGGGCACCCCACGCGGGGCUCGGGCCUGGCCCACCACGUGCCAAGCAGCCAGC